AUGAAGCUAAUUUUUUUCCUCUUCUCAUCUACGCCUUGCUCAAAGUCAAGAGUGGCUGAAAUUCCUUUCGGAGACUUGAUCACAGACAAGAAGAACGUAGAGCUCGCCCUUCGCCGAGCCCAAACGGCAAUCCUCAACCCAUCCAUCGAAUCUCACAAGUUCUUGGCUAUGACGGCGGAUCAGUUGCGUAAAGGUGUUCAAGGCAGCAAACCCCUGCUCUUUUCCAAGAACGUCGUCUGUGUGGAUCUACAGGGCCCCGACCUAACGGACCUUGCUUUCAUUGAUCUACCUGGUCUUAUCCAAAACGCCGAGGACAAGCUCGUCAAGCUCGUCGAGGAGUUGGUCGUUAGUCACAUCAGAGGCAACUCGUUGAUCUUGGUCGCACUCCCCAUGACCGAUGAUAUCGACAAUCAGAAGGCUCUGGCUUUGGCUCGGGAGGCGGACCCUCAGGGCAAACGUACCAUCGGCGUUUUGACCAAGGUCGACGUUAUCGCCAAGGGCUCGAAAUCCCGUAGCCUCUGGCUCGAUGUGAUCGAAGGCCGAAGCAAUCCUCUACUACACGGAUACUACUGCACGCGACAGCCUGAUGAUGCAGAAAGGGAGGCCGGUAUAUCAGCUGAAGAUGCGCGGCGCCACGAAAUGUCUUUCUUCGAACAAGAAGCGCCAUGGUCGACUUCCAGCAACAAGGGGCGAUUUGGUAUCCACAAUUUGGUAUCGAGGCUCAGCCCUCUACUCUCCCAAAUCAUCAAGAACACGUACGUCAUUUCCAUUGUGUUCCAUGAACCAUUUUCGACCUGCAGGGCACAGGCUCCCCAAAGUUGCUGCAGACGCGACUAG